AGUAUUUAUCGAGAACUGCAGUUUGGUCACAUUAACGCCGCAGUGCGUGUUAGGAAAAAUAAAACCAAAGUUUUUUCUACUUCAUUUUAUAAGUAAAAAGGUUUUGGCAAAACAAUGGACAACUUCGGACUCGGGGGAGUGGAGUUUAGCAGAGGGCAAAUGUUUCAGGUCCUGAUUCGCCUCUCCGUCGCUUCGUUGGUAACUUAUUACUCGGUGAAAUGGAUGAUGAACCAAUUGGACCCGACCAGUAAAGCGAAGAAAAAAGCAAAAAUCCUUGCGGAAGAGCAGUUGAAGAGACUGGCUGAAAAGGAUGGAUUUAAACUAAAUCCCCAGGAAUUUAACGACUACGAGUUAAUGAUUGCGUCACACCUUGUUGUUCCUGCAGACAUCACAGUUAGUUGGAGCGAUAUUGCUGGACUGGAUACGGUUAUCCAGGAGCUUCGUGAAUCCGUAGUGCUUCCAGUGCAGCACAAGGACCUAUUCAAGCGAUCAAAGCUAUGGCAGGCGCCCAAAGGCGUUUUACUUCAUGGUCCGCCGGGUUGCGGAAAGACGUUAAUCGCCAAGGCCACUGCUAAAGAGGCGGGAAUGCGCUUUAUUAACUUAGAUGUUGCUUUACUUACCGACAAAUGGUAUGGGGAGUCGCAGAAAUUGACAUCGGCCGUGUUUUCGCUGGCUGCCAAAAUAGAGCCCUGCAUUAUUUUUAUUGACGAAAUCGAUUCCUUCCUGCGAUCUCGCAACAUGAACGACCACGAGGCCACUGCCAUGAUGAAGACACAGUUCAUGAUGUUGUGGGACGGGCUCAGCACAAACAACCAAUCGACUGUUAUUGUCAUGGGUGCCACCAAUAGACCCCAAGACUUGGACAAGGCCAUUGUCCGCCGCAUGCCAGCUCAAUUCCAUAUUGGCCUACCCUCCGAAACGCAGCGUAGUGACAUCCUUAAAUUGAUAUUGCAUACGGAGGAAAUAAGUCAGGAUGUUGAUUUAAACCGUUUAUCCAAGCUAACAAACGGAUUCUCGGGCUCAGAUCUUCGAGAAAUGUGCCGAAACGCAUCUGUUUUCAGAAUGAGGCAGCUAAUCGAGACGCGUGACCGAUCUGGUUCAGGUUCUGGUGUUCCAGUUCUGAGCAGUACAAACGUCAAUAUCACGAUGGACGAUUUACUAAGCUCACAUCUUAAAAUUAAGGAAUCAAAGAUGCACACUGGAAGCUUGUUUUUAGAGAAUAGAAUUGAAUUAGAUUAACUUCGCCACUGUUGAUUUCAUAUAGUCAAUAAAUCCAAAACUUAAAUAGGUUUAAA